CCCGGAUCCUCAGAGGGCGCGCGCCGACCUGGAGGAGGCGCCCCAGAAGGCGGCGCCUCUCGGAGGAAGUUUGUCCUUCAACUGCGGAGCCGCCUCGCCGGCGCAGCGACGUCCAGGAGCGCGCGGCGGGCGCCGACGGGAGCUGUGAGCGCCGCCCCGGGGGCUCGCGCGCACCGCGGCCAUGGGCGGCUCGGCCUCCAGCCUGCUGGACGAGGGCAAGUGCACCUACAUCCGAGGGAAAACUGAGGCUACCAUCAAAAACUUCAGUCCCUUUUAUAGUCGUCAGUACUCUGUGGCCUUCUGCAAUCAUGUUCGCAGUGAAGUAGAACAACAAAGAGAUUUGACAUCACAAUUUUUGAAGACCAAGCCACCGUUGGAGCCUGGAACUGUUCUGUAUGAAGCAGAGCUAUCACAGUUUGCUGAAGACAUAAAGAAAUGGAAGGAGCGGUACAUUGUGAUUAAAAAUGAUUUUGCUGUGGAGAGCUAUGAGAACAAAGAGGCCUAUCAAAAAGGAGCAGUUCCUAAAAGCCGAAUUCUUCCAGCUGGUGGCAGGGUGUUAACCUCAGAAGAUGAAUAUAAUUUGUUAUCUGAUCGGUUUUUCCCAGACCCUAUUGCAUGCAGUGAGAAGGAGCACGCUCAGCCCUUUGUGGUCAUGCCCAAGGAGUUCCCGGUGUACCUGUGGCAGCCGUUCCUCAGACACGGCUACUUCUGCUUCCACGAGGCCGCCGAGCAGAAGAAGUUCAGUGCUCUCCUGAACGACUGCAUCAGGCAUCUCAACCACGAUUACAUGAAGCAGACGACAUUUGAAGCCCAAGCCUUUCUAGAAGCUGUGCAGUUCUUCCGGCAGGAGAAGGAACACUAUGGCUCGUGGGAGAUGAUCACUGGGGACGAAGUCCAGAUCCUGAGUAACCUGGUGAUGGAGGAGCUCCUGCCAACCCUUCAGACAGACCUUCUGCCUAAAAUGAAGGGGAAGAAGAAUGACAGAAAGAGGGCCUGGCUCAGUGUCCUUGAGGAGGCCUACAAACUGGUUCGGCAUCAAGUUUCAGAAGGAUUAAGUGCCUUGAAGGAGGAAUGCAGAACUCUGACAAAGAACCUAGAAGGAACCAUCCGUUCAGACAUGGAUCAGAUCGUGAACUCAAAGAACUUCUUAACUGGAAAGAUCAAAGCAAUGGUGGCCCAGCCAGCAGAGAGAAGCUGCGCGGAGAGUGUCCAGCCAUUCUUAGCGUCCAUUCUGGAGGAGCUCAUGGGGCCGGUGAGCUCAGGAUUCAGUGAAGUACGCUCACUCUUUGAAAAAGAAGUGGAUGAACUUAGCCAGAACUUUCAGACGACCAAAGACACCGCUCAGCUAAAGGAGCAUCUAGACCGGCUUAUGAAUCUUCCACUGGAUUCUGUGAAGAUGGAACCUUGUUAUACUAAAGUCAACCUGCUCCAGGAGCGCUUGCAGGAUCUCAAGAGCCGCUUCAGAUUCCCCCACGUCGAUCUGGUGGUCCAGAGGACCCAGAACUACAUGCAGGAGCUAAUGGAGAAUGCAGUAUUCACUUUCAAGCAAUUGCUUUCCCCACACCUCCAAGGAGAGGCCUCCAAAAUUGUGGUCACCAUUGAGAAGGUGAAGCUCCGAGUCUUAAAGCAAUAUGAUUAUGACAGCAGCACCAUCCGGAAGAGGAUAUUUCAAGAGGCACUGGUUCAAAUCACACUUCCCACUGUGCAGAAGGCACUGGCAUCCACGUGCAAACCAGAGCUUCAGAAAUAUGAGCAGUUCAUUUUUGCAGAUCACACCAACAUGAUUCAUGUUGAAAAUGUCUAUGAGGAGAUUUUACAUCAGAGCCUCCUUGAUGAAACUCUGAAAGUCAUAAAGGAAGCUGCUAUCCUGAAGAAACACAACUUGUUUGAAGACAACAUGGCCUUGCCCAGUGAAAGCGUGUCCAGCUUAACUGAUCUAAAACCCUCUGUGGGGUCAAGCCAGGCCAGUCCUUCCAGGAGAGCCUCCACCAUUCUGCCAGGGGUUUCAGAGAGUGAGACCCUGAGUAAUGAAGUAUUCCAGGAGUCAGGGGAAAAGAACCAGCCUGGGGUCCCUAGUCCAUUGGCCAAAGAAGAAAGCCUUUCCCUUCCUGUACCCGCCCCUCCCCCGGGUGAGGACGGACAGGUGGUUAUUUCAGGCACCGAUGGCCCUGUCGUAGAUCUCGUGGCUGCAGAGGACACGGCAGGAGCCCUGGGCACAGGCUCACCAGAGCUGGAGUUUGGAGGGGCUCCUGAGAACGGAGAACCCACCCACAAAAAACCAGAAUCCAACUCAGCCUCAGGCUCCUUAAAGGAGCUCAGAAAUUUGUUGACAGUGACCAUUGAAGUGCCAGUGGAAUCUGCCACCCUUGAGAUUGAAAAAGAUACACACGAGGAGAUCCGGGCUCCCCAAGAAAUUGGAAAAUUAGAGGAGACAACCCAGAUGUGCACAGAGGCCAGUGCACCAGCUGCCUCGGGCCAGCACAGCUGUGAAGAGAAUGAAGUCAGUGAGGGGGAGGCCCAUUCUCCCCCUCCGGAGGCCGAGGCCGGCGGGCUGGAGUUGGGGGGAUGUCUGGAGGCUCAGCUGACCCGUGAAGGGCUCGCCCAGAGUGCCAGCAGCCCAGUCCCCACAGAGCAGCAAGCCGAGAGCGAGCUCACAGAGAGGGCUUCCAGACUGGACGGCCAGGCUGCAGCCACUGUGGAGGGGGAGGCCAGGGCUGACCACACGUGCCCCAGUGAGAGCCAGGUUUCUGUGGAAGAAGCAGGGGGAGGGGAUAGCACCAUGGCCCAGGCUACUGCCAGUGUGGAUGCAGAGCAGAUGAAGCCUGGUGGUGAUCAUGGGUGUCAGUGGGUGGUAGGGAGUGCUCCCAACAUCGAUCUGCCCGAUUCACAAGAUGUGGGGGAGAGUAGCCCAGAGCCACCCUCAGAAGAGUGAAAGGAACAAUUUGGCAUAGUAUUCCUUUGCACAAACUCAGCCAAAGGUUAAUGGUUAUGGGUAUACUUAGGGGUUACACGCAAGUUGUUACAAAAAAAAAAAAAAA